GAACAUCACCACCAAGAUGGCUGACGCUAUGGAGGAAUAUGAGAAAGAAGCUGGCUGCGUCCCUAUUCUCCAUCCCGAGGAAAUAAAACCCCAGAGUCAUUACAACCACGGCUACAGCGAGAAUGUCAGCCGUAAAAACCAUGUGGAUGACUACAGCACCUGGGACAUUGUCAAAGCCACACAGUACGGCAUCUUCGAGCGCUGCAGGGAGUUGGUGGAGGCGGGCUUCGAUGUUCGGCAGCCAGACAAAAAGAAAAACGUAACGCUCCUCCACUGGGCCGCCAUCAACAACAGGAUAGAUUUGGUCAAGUACUACAUAUCAAAGGGAGCCAUAGUGGACCAGCUGGGAGGAGACCUCAACUCCACACCUCUGCACUGGGCCACCAGACAAGGCCAUCUAUCCAUGGUGGUGCAGCUCAUGAAAUAUGGCGCAGACCCGUCUUUGAUCGAUGGCGAGGGCUGCAGCUGCGUUCAUCUGGCUGCCCAGUUCGGCCACACCUCCAUCGUGGCCUACCUAAUCGCCAAAGGACAGGAUGUGGACAUGAUGGAUCAGAACGGCAUGACUCCUCUGAUGUGGGCGGCUUACAGGACGCACAGUGUGGACCCCACCCGGCUGCUGCUGACCUUCAACGUGUCCGUCAACCUGGGCGACAAAUAUCACAAGAACACAGCGCUGCACUGGGCCGUGCUGGCAGGCAACACCACUGUCAUCAGCCUGCUGCUGGACGCCAACGCUAACGUCGACGCACAGAACAUCAAGGGUGAAACGCCGCUAGAUCUCGCCAAGCAAAGGAAGAACGUUUGGAUGAUCAAUCACCUACAGGAAGCACGGCAGGCUAAAGGCUACGACAGCCCGUCCUACCUGAAGAGACUGAAGAUGGACAAGGAGUUCAGGCAGAAGGUGAUGCUGGGGACACCCUUCCUGGUCAUCUGGCUAGUUGGUUUCAUCGCUGACCUGGACAUCGACUCCUGGCUGAUCAAGGGCCUCAUGUACGCCGGCGUCUGGGUCACCGUGCAGUUCCUCUCCAAGGCUUUCUUCGACCACUCCAUGCACAGCGCUCUCCCUCUGGGAAUCUAUCUGGCCACCAAGUUCUGGAUGUACGCCACAUGGUUCUACUGGUUCUGGAACGAUCUGCCCUUUGCCACCGUCCAUGUGCCCUUCCUGAUAAACACCAUGGCUUUAUUCUACAACUUUGGCAAAUCCUGGAAGUCUGACCCAGGAAUUAUUAAAGCAUCAGAGGAGCAGAAGAAAAAGACAAUUGUGGAGCUGGCAGAGACAGGCAGCCUGGACCUCAGCAUAUUCUGCAGUACCUGCUUGAUACGGAAGCCCAUCAGGUCCAAACACUGUGCCGUGUGCAACCGCUGCAUCGCUAAGUUUGACCACCACUGUCCCUGGGUGGGGAACUGUGUCGGAAGUGGGAAUCACCGCUACUUCAUGGGUUAUCUGUUCUUCCUGCUCUGCAUGAUCUGCUGGAUGAUGUACGGCUGCAUUUCCUACUGGAGAAUUCACUGCGCCACCAGUUACGCCAAGGACGGUUUCUGGCUCUACCUGACCCAGAUCGCCUCCUGCUCUCCCUGGAUGUUCUGGAUGUUCCUCAACAGCGUCUUCCACUUUAUGUGGGUGGCUGUGCUCAUCAUGUGUCAGCUCUACCAGAUCGCAGCUCUGGGAAUCACCACCAACGAGAGGAUGAACGCUCGGAGAUACAAGCACUUUAAAGUCACAGCCACGUCCAUCGAAAGCCCCUUCAACCACGGCUGCAUCAGAAACCUCAUAGAUUUCUUCGAGAUCCGCUGCUGCGGUCUGAUCCGGCCCGUGGCGGUGGACUGGACCACGCAGUACACAAUAGAAUACGACCAGACGUCUGGCUCGGGCUACCAGCUGGUGUAGAGCAGAAAGGGGACAAGGAAGAAGAAGAAGAAGAAAAAGAAGAGUGGCAGGGAGCAGGGGGGAGUUAAGCGUCACCCGGUGGAAGUGGAAGGAUCCCCCUCCCCCCGCCCCCACCCCCCUGCCUGGCGUUCACAUUGGAGCGAUACUGUUCUCGGGAGCGCUUGCUUUUUUGGACCAUCUCUCCCUCACCGAUCAAAAGACUUUCAAAAAAAAAAAUCAGCCAGGACUAGCAUGCUGUUACGGGGCAACACCACACCCACACCCCCCCCUCCACCCUCACCACCACCUUUACUACUAUUACUACUACUACUAUUCUACAUGAAACUCGUUUACUGUACCUCCACUGCUAUCCCACCCCUCCACCUCCUCUCUUCUCCUGAGCCCUUUGGACGGUGCGUUGCUGCCAGGCACGAACGGAGAGGAGAGAGGCCGACGGACGAGAGGAAUUUCAAAAUAAUAGUUUGUACCGGAGACGCUGCGGAGAAAGCAGCGCCUUAAAGUGGCAGUAUCGCUCUUUCCCCUCCCUCCUUUAUAACCUUAUUUAUGGUGUCCCUGUUGAUGUGCCCUGUAUGUACUUUUUUUGUUUUUGAUUGGUUCAGGAGCUCUGCUGUUCCUGUAUAAUAACUGUGGUGGCUGAAGCUGAAGGAGUUUUUUUUAUUUCAAACCAUGAUUUCUAAUUAUGACAGAGAUAAGGGAAUGUCUUUUUAAACUUUUUGAUUUUGCACCGUGACGAAUUUAGAGUCGAGCUGAUGAGGACUUGCCAACAUAGUUGAACUUAUCAGAGGAUUGCGUUUCAGGCAGAGCCGCUGGAGGAGUCCCGACGUCUCACCUGCGGACAUAAAGCUGCAAGGUGAAAUUUUUAGGAGAUAUCCAAGUCAAAGUAAUAACCCGAGAAACAGUUAGCGUGCAGUUUUAGCGCAGGAGGAACAAGGACUCCUUCAGCGGCGACCACUGCAGACGCAACUGAAAAUAUCCUACAGACAAUGUGAUACAGGUAUAUUUAUUUUAAAACUAUUUAUAGAUAAAGUAUGUUCUAGCUAGCACCAUCAUUUUUACAUGUCACAUCAUUUUAGCUGAGUAGGUUUUUAUGAGAAAAUUAUGAAACAAGUUUGACAUGGAAGCCCGAGAACAUAAAACUCUAUUUAGAGAGGUACAGCGAGCGUAUUUAUUCACAGCAGAGUCUAAGAAAAAGGAGGCGACGGAAGGAGUUUACGAGAAAGGUUCAUUCCAUGUGUUUCUCUCAGAAAGCUGUAUUUGUUUUGUGUCUGCCUACAACAUUGCACU